CAUCUGCGCGACCGUUACUCUCAGAAAGUAUCUAGUAUCUGCGAGUGGGGCUGUCGCUGCUCCGUCUCAAAAGAUACGUCAAAAAGUAUUUGUAUCUGCUGCGAGCUGGAUGUAUCCAUCGUUGUCGCCGGCUGGUAUAUAGGCGUCCGAGCCGCGCGUAUCUUCGGAUCUGUAUCCGGAUUAUAGUUAGUUUGUUUAACUAAGUUAGUGAAAGCAUCUCAGAGCUAGCUGAACUGCAGUUAGGCUGACUUGGUAGGAGCACUCCCCUGAGAAACCGAAAAAUUCUGGCAGAUACGCAGCCGAAAUAAAAAGAACACAAGCCUAUUCCUCUCGCGUCCGUUCAACGAAAAUAAUAAUAGAUAAAAACAACAAGAAAUUACGAAAAUGCGCCAAGAAAAUUAAAAAGCACAGAUAUAUUCCGAUCGUACUAGACGAGGAGAGUGUCUGAUUGUUUAUUUAUGUUGUGUAUGUGUGAGUGUGGGCCCCAAACAGCUGUUGGUGCAGAAAAUAAAGAAAGAAAAGCAACAACCGAAAGUAUCUCGAGUGUUGAAUAAAUUUCGUCAACAGCCCCCGCAAUAAAAAGUUCUCUCGGUUCCCGAGUCGCCCACCCCAUUACAGCCGCUCCCGAGCUCCGCAGCGGGGGAACCCGAUAAGUGUGUUGCCGAACCACACCCGCUCGGAUGAGCGAUUCUGAUUGAACAGCGACAGAAGAACCUGUGAGUCUACCGCCUGCGCCAUGUUUCUACGGGAAAUGCUCCUCCUCGGCGGCCUGGUGCUGCUGCUCGGGGGUCUGCCCCACCUCACGUCUACCACGACCACCACCACCUUGGUAGCUGCCAUGUCCAUUGCCAACCAGGACCUGGAGCGCUACUUCAGGCCGGCCAACGCCACCCACACCUUCGCCGGUAUGGAGGAGCGGAUCGCCGUGGACGUCUACAACUACGCCUUCCUAAACUGGUCGUACCCAGACCACGGAAACACUAUCUGCGAGACCGACUUCCCUCAGGAGCAGGCCCGUUACGGAGAGGGCCGGGUUCUGAAUGUAACGGGCCGCCUCAUCCACAUCAGCGCAUCGGACAACGUCAGCGACGACUACGCCUGCACGCCCUACAUCCGGGGCACCAUGGGCAACCCCACACCCGAGAAGGGCGUCACCUGGAUAGCCCUGGUCCGGCGGGGACGCUGCACCUUCGAGGAGAAGGUGAAGCACGUAUACCAGCAGAACGCCGCCGGGGUGAUCAUCUACAACGACAAGCAAGUGAUGCAGCUGGAGAAGAUGCAGAUCAAGGGCAAGACACGAAACAUUGCCGCUGUGAUAACCUACCAAAACAUUGGCCAGGACCUGGCCAUGACGCUGGACAGGGGCUUCAAUGUGACGCUCUCCAUCAUCGAGGGACGUCGUGGCGUUCGGACAGUUAGCAGUCUGAAUCGGACAUCCGUGCUCUUUGUGUCCAUAUCCUUUAUUGUCCUGAUGAUUAUAUCCUUGGUCUGGCUCGUCUUCUACUACAUCCAACGCUUUCGUUAUAUGCAGGCGAAGGACCAGCAAUCGCGAAAUCUGUGCUCGGUAACGAAAAAGGCCAUCAUGAAGAUCCCGACAAAGACGGGAAAAAUCAGUGACGAGAAGGAUGUCGAUAGUGACUGCUGUGCCAUAUGCAUCGAGGCCUACAAGCCCACGGACACCAUUCGGAUUCUGCCUUGCAAGCACGAGUUCCAUAAAAACUGCAUCGACCCGUGGCUCAUCGAGCACCGAACCUGCCCCAUGUGCAAGUUGGACGUGCUCAAGUUUUACGGCUAUGUGUUUCUGGGCAGCGAGGAGAGUAUCCUAGAGUACCAGCCCGAUCCCCCCGAGGGGGUGACGGCGUUGGCCGCCACCGCCUCCGCCCCCGCCACAGAGUCAGGCGGAUCUGCCCCGGCUCCGUCUCGAGCCCUGGCGGAUCUCAUUCACAGCCGCGACUUCGUGAUUGACUUUCCUCGCGUCUUCGUCCUGGACAGCGGCAGCGUGGUGGGCGCCCGGGACGUGCUAUUCCCGGAAAGGCUGCCGGAACGGUCCCAGAGCUCCCUGUCGCUGAGGCAGGCCCGCGACUGGAUGAGCCUCAUGAGCAACAAGCUGGAGGAGCAGCAGGGGCUGCGGCGUCUGCGCAAGGAUGAAAUGCAGCAGCAACUCCUCACUGCCCGCGACUCAGCGCGCCACCGCCGUUCGCGUUCGGCGGACGGACGCUAUUCAACCGGCUGCUUUGGUGGCCGCCAGCGCCAAGCAACUGCUCCAGGACAGCCGCAGCUCCACUCCCAGCUCCAACCCCAGCCCCAGCUUCAGCCGGAUGCAACCCAACUCCGUCGCACCAGCUCCACUCAGGCACUCCAGCAGCUGACCGACGCCUCCUAUGCCCAAUCCCGCCAGCGGCAGCGUGAGACCUUCGACUUUGCCAGGACACGAAGGCGUUUCAUGAGGCGUGAGAGUGAUGAGAUUUCAUUGCGCUCGCUGCCGCGGCGAGGGGCUGGGGCUGGGAAUGCCCCGCCUCCACCACCACCUCAGCGGGGACGGGAGGUUGCAGGAGGAGCAGCUCCCUCCAAUGACCAGGUCACCAUUCAAAUAAAUGGCGAGGGGGUUGACCUGAACGAGUGAUAGAUAGCUUACGCUUAUUUCCUUAUUCUCGAAUAUGUUGUUAUGCAGUGAAGAACUAAAAUUAUUACUUUAGAAACUAAAUACAAAGCGUUAAUCCUA